GUCCCAUGCUGAACAGCCACAUGCGCUCCCUCCUCUGAUACUGGUGGGACUGCAAAAUGGCAUAAUUGCCAUGGGGGAAUUUGGUGACAUCCACCAAAUUACUAACACAGUGGCCUUUUGACCCAGUGUUUCUAUUUCCAGGAGUUUACAUCUGUGCAAUGGCAUGGCCAGCAACACUGAUGGGAAGACUGGAAACCCCCUAUGGGCAUCAGUAGGGGAGUGGUUAAAUAAACAACACGAUUCAAUCAAUGGGAUUACUGGCAUGUGGCCACUUCUAAAGAUGGGGUUUUCCAGGUGCUAGGUAUCACAUGGUCUCUAGGACAGGGUCAGUGAAAAGAGACAUGAAGUAAUAGGGUAGCAGGUAAGCCCACAAUCACUGGUAGAAGCCAGCCUCUCCAACAGGAGGGCCUGAGUAUAGGGAGGUAGGAUCUGAUAUACAGGAAAAAAGAAUCCCUGAAUGUGGCCCUAAAGAGCACCCUGACCAUCCAGUGUAGGCUGGGAUGCUGACAGCAAGGGAAGAGAUCUGCCAAUGUCAAACUUCCCACUACUCUCUAGUUUGGUCAACAGCCAAGUCCACUCUGAAGGAACAAAUGAUCCCAGGUGGGAUAGUAGGAAGGCAGGAGAGGCAAAAUGAGGGAGGGGCUGGACUAAGGGUCAGCGACAAACCCUCAGAUCUGAUGUGCAGAGGCCGCAUCUGGAGGGUCCUACUGGCACUUCCAGUUCCAACUUAUCUCUGGGCUCCCUUCAAGCCCUACCCAAGGCUGCUGCGGUUUCCUCCUGGCGCCUCUGGUCUCUGACAGCAACGGCACCCCCCCAGUGCUGCGCUAAUGGCUCAGCCUGGGGCCCCAGGGACCUUCCCCGCCCCCCCGACUGCUCUGCUGGCCCCCUUGCCCCCCUCACUGUUGAAACCCAAUCCUCUGCAGCAGUGCCAGCUCAGCACCAUCUCAACUCUGCUCUGCAGCCCCUGCCUGCCUCUGUUGCCUGCGCCCUACCUGGACUUUGCUGCAGAGCCCCCAGUCCAGCGCUGAGCCCAGGGGAGCCGCCACCUGUGUCUGGGGAAGGUUUCUGGACCAGCAGGUCACCUCACCCAUCCCAGCAGGCCAGUGCCUUCCUGCCUUUGGUUUUGUUGCUCUCCCUCCUCUCCUUGCCACCUCCUCCUCCCCUCUCCUCACCUGAAUUCCUGGCUCCCUGAAUCCUAUCUCCAUCCCUGCCAGUCCUCCAACCCACCCUCUCUCACUUGUUCUAAGCCCCUGGGUCACCAGCCCCAGGGACCUCUCCACGCGCCUCCUGGGUUCCAGCCAUGAAGCCCCCCUCAGGGUUGGAAGAGGCCUGCCGGCCAGCCUCAGACAUCCGUGUGUUCGCCAGCAGCUGCACGCUGCAUGGACUUGGCCAUGUCUUUGGCCCUGGUGGCCUGACCCUGCGCCGCGGGCUGUGGGCCACAGCCGUGCUCCUGUCGCUGGCAGCCUUCCUCUACCAGGUAGCUGAACGGGUGCGCUACUAUGGGGAGUUCCACCAUGAGACGACCCUGGAUGAGUGUGAAAGCCACCGGCUCACCUUCCCAGCUGUCACUCUGUGCAACAUCAACCCACUGCGCCGCUCACGCCUUACACCCAACGACCUGCACUGGGCUGGGCCCUCACUGCUGGGUCUGGACCCUGCUGAGCACACCGCCUUCCUGCGCUCCCUGGGCCGGCCCCCUGCACCACCGGGCUUCAUGCCCAGUCCCACCUUUGACAUGGAGCAGCUCUACGCCAGAGCUGGCCACUCCAUUGAGGACAUGCUGCUGGACUGCCGCUACCGAGGCCAGCCAUGUGGGCCGGAGAAUUUCACUGUGAUCUUCACCCGGAUGGGGCAGUGCUACACAUUCAACUCGGGUGCCAAUGGGGCAGAGCUGCUCACCACCCCCAAGGGUGGUGCCGGCAAUGGGCUGGAGAUCAUGCUAGAUGUGCAACAAGAGGAGUAUCUGCCAGUGUGGAAAGACAUGGAGGAGACCCCGUUUGAGGCAGGGAUCAGAGUGCAGAUCCACAGCCAGGAGGAACCCCCCAUCAUCGACCAGCUGGGCUUCGGGGCUGCCCCCGGAUAUCAGACUUUUGUGUCCUGCCAAAAGCAGCAACUGAGCUUCCUGCCACCGCCUUGGGGCGACUGUAGUUCCGUAUCUCUGGACCCCGACUUUGAACGGGAGCUCUCGGAUCCCCUGUCCCCCAGUCCCAGCCCCAGCCCCAACCCUCCCUACAGCUUAAUGGGGUGUCGCCUGGUCUGCGAGACCCGCUACGUGGCUCGAAAGUGCGGCUGUCGAAUGAUGCAUAUGCCUGGCGGCGCGCCGGUGUGCAGCCCCCAGCAGUACAAGGACUGCGCCAACCCGGCCCUGAACGCCAUGCUGCGGAAGGACGCGUGCGCCUGCCCCAGCCCUUGCGCCAGCACGCGCUACGCCAAGGAGCUCUCCAUGGUGCGGAUCCCCAGCCGCGCUGCCGCCCGCUACCUGGCUCGGAAAUACAACCGCAGCGAGGCCUACAUCGCGGAGAACGUGCUCAUUCUGGACAUCUUCUUUGAGGCCCUUAACUUUGAAACAGUGGAGCAGAAGAAAGCCUAUGAAGUGUCAGAGCUGCUUGGUGUUCCGAGACAGGGUCCUGGGGUAUUUCUGGAACAGAAGACGCUCCCAGAAGCACUCCAGCACCACUCUGCUUCAGGAAGGGCUGGGCAGCCAUGGAACCCAAGUUCCCCACUUCAAUCUGGGCCCCAGGUAACACAAAAUGGCCAAGUUCAAGGGAGGAGGGGCAGGACAGGUCCAGAGGGUACAGUCCAGGUCCUGAAGGGCAGGAACAAGGCAUCAAGUGAAGGUCCCCUGCCCCAGUACUGUGGCCUGUCUCCCCAGGCCCCCCACCCCGCCCUGUGCUGUCACCAAGACUCUGUCUGCCUCCCACCGCUCCUGCUACCUCGUCACCCGGCUCUAGACAUGCUCUGUAUGACCUCGGGCCACACUUUGACAUCCUGAAUGCCCUGCCUGCACAUCUUUGCUGUCUUCAUCCCAAAUAAAGCUUUAAUGUUUCUGC